AUGACGCAUCUAGAAUCAAUUUCGCUUAUUCGCUCCUUUUCUACUAUUUUUCUCUUCUCCAUACCGCUGACAACGCAGCAAAUUGUUAGAGAUUCUGCCGAUGGCAUAAGCUUCGCAAAUUUUGCCAGACACGAAAAGCAAAGACUGGAUACCAACCAGCUUCAGUCCAGCACUGCCAAUGAAUACACAGAAUGCUUAGAGAGAUGUUUGGUUCACGAAAGCUGCACAUCACUCAAUUAUGGUGGAAAUGAGGGUGCCGAGUGUCAGCUAUUGGAGGCUAACAAGCACGAUUCUCCUGAAAAGAUGAAGUUCGAUGAGACAUUUGUGCAUUUCUCGCUAAAGAGCCCUUGCGACAAUAAACCAUGUUUAAAUAGAGAAAACUGUAUCCCAGACUACCAAAAAGAUACCUACCGAUGUCGUUGCCCUUGGCAAUACAAAGUUUUGAAAAACUGUCAAAAAGGUCGAAUCCUUCCGUCCGCCGAUGGAGACUGGAUAGCCUUCUGGUGGUAUGACGUUGGUACCACGUGGCCGUCUAAUGAAAAAGACGUCCUUGCUUACGACUUUGGUCACUGCGAGCCACGUGAUCCGUACUGCUUUAGUCGGCUCCCUGCAGAUGCUAAAGCAGAUCUCACUGAAAUGCUUGCAGUUGACUCAGAAGGUACCGCGUACAAGUGGAAUUUCAGUUCCAACGCUUCAGCUGCCAAUGCAGCUUGGCGGGCGUUUCAUGAUCACAAGGAGGUAAACCAAGGAGAGAGCGUAAGCAUACUUGCAUGGAAUCCAGAAGUGCUGAACGGUAGCGAGCCGAAAGAUGACCAACGUGCAUUCAUGUACCGUGAGCAGAAUGGAGUGAAGUCGGUGCUGUUGGAUGACGAUUACUGUGACUGUCAUUCAACCCUAAGUCUCGGACACGGUAUGUGUCAAUCUAAUCAUGAUACUUCAUAUUCUGACGUCAACAGUUUUGGCGUGGAUGCACUUUAUGAUCCCGGCUGUCACGGACCAAGAUCAGGUAUUGGUCUGACGCUGUAUGUCCGUAGAAAAACUCUCAAAGAGGUAGAUCCUGGGGAGAGCGUAGGCAGCAUACCUGCGCGGAAUCCAGAAGUGUUGAACGGUAGCGAGCCGAAAUAUGACCAACGUGCAUUCAUGUACCGUGAGGAGAAUGGAGUCAAGUCGGUGCUGUUGGAUGACGAUAACUGUGAUUGUCAGUCGAUCUUAAGUCUCGUGUGUCAUAAUGGUUCUAGAUCUGCUAGCGUCAACUGUUUUGGCGUGGAUACUCUAUAUGACCCAUCCUGUCAAAGCCCAAGAUCAGGUAUUGGUCUUACGCUUUUGAGAGUUACUCCUUGUCCGCCAGCUCCAAAUCAUACUCGGGGAGAAGUUAUUCGGCCCCCAAGCCAGAUUAAGAAUAACUCCUAUUGCGUGAUUCGAACCCGCGACCUCGAUGACCUCACUUGCACUCGUUGCGCGCCCACGACUACCGCUCGACCAUCUGGAAACUACAUAAUUAAUGAGGAUAAAUUGUCGGCAUCGCUGAUCAUGACGCAUCUGGAAGCAAUUUCGAUAAUCCGCUCCUUUUCUACUAUUUUUCUCUUCUCCAUAUCUCUGACAACGCAGCAAAUUGUUAGAGAUUCUGCCGAUGGCAUAAGCUUCGCAAAUUUUGCCAUACACGAAAAGCAAAGACUGGAUACCAACCAGCUACAGUCCAGCACUGCCAAUGAGUACGCAGAAUGCUUAGAGAGAUGUUUGGUUCACGAAAGCUGUACAUCACUCAAUUAUGGCGGAAAUGGGGGUGCCGAGUGUCAGCUAUUGGAGUCUAACAAGCACGAUUCUCCUGAAAAGAUGAAGUUCGAUGAGGCAUUUGUGCACUUCUCGCUAAAGAGCCCUUGUGACAAUGAACCAUGUUUAAACAGGGAGAAAUGUAUCCCAGACUACCAAAAAAAUACCUACCGAUGUCGUUGCCCUUGGGAAUACAACGGUUUGAAAAACUGUGAAGGUCGAAUUCUUCCGUCCGCCGAUGGAGACUGGAUAGCCUUUUGGUGGUAUGACGUUGGUACCUUGUGGCCAUCAGAUGAAAAAGAUGUCCUUGCUUACGACUUUGGUUACUGCGAGCCACGUGAUCCGUACUGCUUUGGUCGGCUCCCUGCAGAUGCUGAAGCAGAUCACACUGAAAUGCUUUCAGUUGACUCAGAAGGUACCACGUACAAGUGGAGUUUCAGUUCUAACGCUUCAACUGCAGGUGCAGCUUGGCAGGCGUUUCAUGAUCACCAGGAGGUAGAACAUUGGAAGAGUGUAGGCAGUGCACCUGCAUGGAAUCCAUGGAAUCCAGAAGUGCUGAACGGUAGCGAGCCGAAAUAUGACCAACGUGCAUUCAUGUACCGUGAGGAGAAUGGAGUCAAGUCGGUGCUGUUGGAUGACGAUAACUGUGAUUGUUACUCAACCCUAAGUCUCGGACACGGAAUGUGUUAUCGUGGUCAUAAUCCUGAAUAUUCUGGCGUCAACAGUUUUGGCGUGGAUACUCUGUAUGAUCCCACCUGUCAAGGACCAAGAUCAGGUAUUGGUCUUACGCUGUAUGUCCGCAGAAAAACUCUUAAUUAACACUCGUCAUGACUAAAUAACAACCUUUUACGUAUUUUCUUCAGUAACCUAUAAGCAAGCUAUUUAUUUCAAAUAUUCCAUUUAAAAGACAACGAUUCUUAUAAUGCUUCAACACCCAAUAUCUGAUUGUUAAUUCUCCCCUUUAGCAGCAACUCAU